AGUCCCGUGUCUCGCGGGCCUACACGAUGGAGGGACGUCGGUGCGUCUCCCGGCCGAUCUUCGGCCGGGCCCUGGUAGCCGCAGCCGGCCUGUUGAUGGCCGCUGUCACCGCAGCUGGCUCGCCAGCAUACCAAACAUCACUAAAGCCUACAGAAACUCUGCCAUGUCGUCACGGGCUGGCGUUCAUCGACCAGUGCCAGAACCGGUGCACGUGCACAGUGGGCGGCCAGUACCAGUGCACCGAGAAGGGCUGUCUGAACGGUACUCCCGGCGAGCCGAUGGCCUGCGAGGUCGACGGAGAGAUCCGAGUCACCGCCGGCUGGCGACUGUUCUGCAAGCGCGGCAUCGUCCGCGCUGAGUCCACGGACUUGAAUUCCCAAUGCACGCCGGGGACUUCCUGGCAAGAAGCCUGCAACACCUGUACCUGCGUAGCCACCGGCCAAAUAACGUGCACCAACGAAGACUGCCAGAGCGGAGACCAGGGUCCGUUCCACUGCCAGGGCAAGACCGACUGUCAGCACGGAAAACCGAUCCUGGGCGGCGGCGGUGGCGACGUUCCCGACAUCCCUGUCAAGCGCUACUGCGACGGCCCGUGCCCGGCCGACUGUGGGGAGGAGCUAGACGCGGCCGCUCAGUGCGUGCGCUGCCGCUGCCUCCCGGACCUCGAGUUCGGGGACGUGGUGGUAGCCGUGGACGAACCGUGCCCCAGCGGCCUUCAGCAGGGACCCACGCUGUUCGCCACGAAAAUCUGCCGCGGACAAGGCUGCACACCCGGCUCGGGUCCUUGGAACGCCCUCGGAGGCGGUUGCAGUCUGUGCAUCUGCACACAGGACGGCGAGCCGGCCUGCACGCCGUGCCAGCGAGAUCCAACACCACUUACACUGACAUGCGACGGUGGUCUGCCGGAAUGUCCUCAAGAUUGUGGCACCAAGUACAACAAAAUCAAGGAUUGCUUCGACUGUCCAUGUGGCGUAGGGGAGCCGGGAGACACGCAUGUCGCGUUCGAGGAGCCCUGUCCUCCCGGUACCGACUUCAGGGAGUCGGGCGCCUUCUUCAAGGCCUGUGGACCUAUCGAUACACUGCCGAAGGGCGACACGAAGAUCUGCGACAGCCUCGAGUGUCCGGCCGACUGCGGCACGGUGCGCGUCUCCACCCAGGAGAACUGCGCCUACUGCCAGUGCGGCCCCGAGCUGGCCCCGGGGGACACGGCGGUGCCUAUUUACCAGCAGUGUCCCCCGGACACGCUGCCCGGUCCCACCCAGCUGACCACCAAGGUCUGCCGGGCCCCCACCAGGGAAGAAUGUGUACCAAACACCACAUAUAACAUCAAGUGCGACAUUUGCAUCUGCCAAGAUAAUGGUGUCCCCACGUGCACUUUGCGGGACUGCACCCUUCCAGAGUACGGCGACGUGCAGGUGUGUGACAGCCAGCUGCGGGGCUGUCCGGCCGACUGCGGCACGGCCGGCUCCGACAGCUACUGCCAGUACUGCCAGUGCGGGCCGCGCCUAGAGGAGGGCGACAUCACUGUGGCCAUUGACGAGCCGUGUCCGCCCGGCUUCACCACCAAGGAGCACCAGUUCGCCACCAAAACCUGCUCACCAGCUGUUCCGGGCGGUGGCCGCGAGGGCCGCCAGUACUGUUCUGGUCCGUGUCCGGCCGACUGUGGCGAGGUGUUGGACGCCGCCUCCGGCUGCUACCGCUGCCAGUGCGGGCCGCAGCUGCAGUUCGGUGACGUCCAGGUGGCCAUCGACGCCCCCUGUCCGCCCGGACUGGCCGAGGGACCGAGCCAGUUCGCCACCAAAGUCUGCCUCGGACAGGGCUGCCAGCCGGGCUCGGAGUGGAGUGUGCAGCACGACGGCUGUAGCCGGUGUGUGUGCACAAACGAUGGAGAGCCGGCUUGCACGCCGUGCAAACGAGAGCCUUCUGCGUCCACACUGACAUGUGACGGAGGACUGCCGGAGUGCCCUCAAGACUGCGGAAGGACUUACAACGCCGGCAGGGACUGCUUCGAGUGCAAAUGCGGCGUGGGGGAGCCGGGAGACACCCACGUUGGGUUCGAGGAGCCCUGCCCUCCCGGUACCGACUUCAGGGAGUCGGGUGCCUUCUUCAAGGCCUGUGGACCCAUCGAUACACUGCCGAAGGGCGACGUGAAGGUGUGCGGCGGCAAGCCGUGUCCGGCCGACUGCGGUACGGUCCGCUUCUCCUCCCGCGAGAACUGCGUCUAUUGCCAGUGCGGCCUGGAACUGGCGCCCGGCGAGGAGGAGGUACCGGUAGAUGAACCCUGUCAGCCGGGACUGGUCGAGGGACCCCGUCACCUGGCCACCAAGGUGUGCAGAGCGCCCAACAGAGAAGAAUGCGUUCCCUACGACACCUACAAUAUUGGAUGCGACAUCUGCUUAUGCCAAGAGGAUGGUGUGCCGGCCUGUACGCAGCGGAACUGCAGUCUGCCACAGUACGGCGACGUGCAGGUGUGUGACAGCCAGCUGCGGGGCUGUCCGGCCGACUGCGGCACGGCCGGCUCCGACAGCUACUGCCAGUACUGCCAGUGCGGGCCGCGCCUAGAGGAGGGCGACAUCACUGUGGCCAUUGACGAGCCGUGCCCGCCCGGCUUCACCACCAAGGAGCACCAGUUCGCCACCAAAACCUGCUCACCAGUUCCGGACGGUGGCCGCGAGGGCCGCCAGUACUGUUCUGGUCCGUGUCCAGCCGACUGCGGCGAGGUGUUGGACGCCGCCUCCGGCUGCUACCGCUGCCAGUGCGGGCCGCAGCUGCAGUUCGGUGACGUCCAGGUGGCCAUCGACGCCCCCUGUCCGCCCGGACUGGCCGAGGGACCGAGCCAGUUCGCCACCAAAGUCUGCCUCGGACAGGGCUGCCAACCGGGCUCGGAGUGGAGUGUGCACCACGACGGCUGUAGCCGGUGUGUGUGCACGGACAGUGGAGAGCCGGCUUGCACGCCGUGCAAACGGGAACCUUCCACAUUUACGCCAACCUGUGACGGAUCAGGCCAGAUCGGGUGUCCCCAAGACUGCGGAAAGACUUACAACGCCGGCAGGGACUGCUUCGAGUGCAAGUGCGGCGUGGGGGAGCCGGGAGACACGCAUGUCGCGUUCGAGGAGCCCUGUCCUCCCGGUACCGACUUCAGGGAGUCGGGCGCCUUCUUCAAGGCCUGUGGACCCAUCGAUACACUGCCGAAGGGCGACACGAAGAUCUGCGACAGCCUCGAGUGUCCGGCCGACUGCGGCACGGUGCGCGUCUCCACCCAGGAGAACUGCGCCUACUGCCAGUGCGGCCCCGAGCUGGCUCCGGGGGACACGGCGGUGCCUAUUUACCAGCAGUGUCCCCCGGACACGCUGCCCGGUCCCACCCAGCUGACCACCAAGGUCUGCCGGGCCCCCACCAGGGAAGAGUGCAUCCCCGGAUCAGAGUAUAACGUGGGCUGCGAUCUAUGUCUAUGCCAGGAGGACGGUAUCCCGGCCUGUACCAUGCGAGAGUGCAGCCAGUCAGGGUCGCCUGAGGACGGUGAUUCCUCACAGGGAGGCGAUAAUUCGUCCUCCGAGGAAGAUGAGGACGGUGAGGGACAAGGCUACGGCAAGGAUGAGUCCUCAAGCGAUGAGAACAGUUCCGAGGAGCGCUAUUAGUCCGCGGACGGCAAAUCAGCAACGGUUUCAGCACUGAAGGUUGAAGAUUUAAAUACUUUCUCGGCCGAUGAAUGCCAUUUUGAGCGUUAGAACGUUGUGACACUGUCAGAAAAGCUGGUGUGACAUAUCGGGUUUGUCGAUGUGAUCUGUCAGGUCAACUGAUUUUACCUGUCAUGUCACCUGGUUUGACCUGUCAUGUCAGCUGGUUUGGCCUUACGAGUCAUACGGCGAGCCUUUCAUGUCUAGCUUACUCCCCAUCUACUCGGCUCAGCACUACUGCCUCAGCGCUCUGUUGUGCAUCUUCAAACCUGAAUAUCCUUGUGUUGCAUAAAUCAACAUGAACCAUCCGUAACAUUUUGUAAUCGUCGUGUAAUGUGACGAUCACAAUGUGAUAUGAUGAAUGAGGCCAUUACCUAGCCAUUAAAUUGCGCUAUGAAGUCACAACGCACGCUUUGUUGCUUGCCUCAAUUUUGUCAGUGCAAUCUGUUUCUCAAUAAACAAAGCUGGAUCAGCA